CACGCGUGGUUGGACGCAAGCACAAGAUUCUUCAGCAUAUUCCGCAGAACAGCAUGCAUAUACAGCCGGAUCGAGUGCAUGUACUGUAUUCGCGAUUGCGAUUGCUAAUACUUUCUACCAGCAUCGCGAGGUUAAAAUCUCAUUCGAUGUCGCGUCGACCUCCCCCUAGUUACACACCCCGCUUCGCGGCACUCUGUCUCCCCGCACUCUUCGUUCUCUGUGAUUGUCGUUUUCGCAACUUCAACAGCUAUGCUUCCUAAAUGCUCUCUUGACGCCAUUCAGGAGCCCUAUCACGUUCGUCAUGAUUUGACGAGACUAGUUGCCGAUCAGACUAAUCGUUUCUGAUGCGCUCCCGAACUGGAUGUCUGACCUGCCGCCAGCGCAAGCUCAAAUGCAGUGAAGAGAAGCCUGAAUGCUCGCAGUGUAUCAAGGCUUCUCGAAAAUGCGUUCCAAGUUCCGGGAUAACGUUCCGACAUCAGCACAAUGCAUCCAUGAAUGGUGGGAUCGAUGAUGCUGGCGAGCAAGCAGCCCUGGGAAGAUAUUACUCUUACAAGAACACGUUCGACGACGAAAGUGUUUGGCUCUCCAUACCGAAGAAUGUCACAUUCGUACACACGACGAACCCCUACGAAGAUCCCUCGUCCCCACAUCCUACAUAUGUCACUUCACCACAGUCGAGCUCGUCCCACGAUCCGAAUAUCAAACAAUAUUCGCCAAAUGCAGCUUUCAUGACACCUCUCGAUAGCAACACGGAUUGUCAUUCAGUGGUGCUGAUGGAUCAAGCGAUGCAGUCUGACACCUGUGUCUCAGAAGCUACCCAGACCCCUGAGCAGCUUUCAUUUGCGAUGGAUGCAGCAGGCGGACAACACCUCCGCUCUCCUAGCUCUACGACCACAAUGGACCUUGGGCUCUCUCCUCGGACGACCAUGAUGAAAAACCUCAAUCUUGACUUUAUUCUGAAUCCAGUCGAUCAAACUCUGCAGCAAUCGUCUCCAAACGCCGUUUCACCAUUGCGGAGGAUGUCGUCACAUCGCAAUAGAACAACUACCUCUCUUGGAGGAAGACACCCACCGGAGAACAAUCGAGAAGUUGCAUAUUUGCUACGCUACUUCUCAGAGGGUCCUGGCUUAUGGAUGGACUUAUUCGAUCUUGGGCUCUAUUUUUCGUACUACGUUCCUGUAAAAGCCCUCCUGCAUCCACUCCUCAAGUACUCCGCCAUUGCACUCGCAGCCAAAGCACUCGCACAUAUUCACGGUGGUAAGCCAACAUAUGGUGGGAAGAAGUCCCGUGUCGGUCGCACUGAGCUGUAUCCUGGAGACCAGAACGUGAAUUGGUCUCACAAAGCCACAGAAUACUACAAUCAGGCUAUACACAUUCUUCGUCAGCGGCUAAUGGACGAUUCGUCGGCUCGAGCCAACGAAUUAGGGGGCACUGUAGAUCUCCAGGACGGCGUAGAGGCGCCAGGACAAAAACGACGCCGCAUGAAUAAUCAAUCUAUAUCUUGCCCUCAUUCGGUCGAACUAUUGGUUGCUUCGGCCAUCUUGGGUGUGUAUGAAUUCCUGGAUGCAUCCAAUCCAGAGUGGUCACGACAUCUCAGUGGGGCCAGGUCACUGUUGGAUAUCGCAAAGGAGCAGAUGAUGCCGUUCGAGCGUGUUUCUUUUUCCGUCAGUCCAAGUCCGCUACUGAAAGCCAAGAAGGCUACGUUCUGGAACAUUGCCAGACAAGACAUGCUUGCGGCUUUCAUCAACAAUACCUAUACACGUAUAGAUACGGAAGACCACGAACUCUGGCGAGAGGCAGGCCUUAUAGUAGAUGCUGAUGGGUUCAUUGAGGCUAGCAACGACGACAACUACACUGGAAUGAAAGAGGACCUUAUAUCAAAUGGUCUUAUAUGGCUAAUGAUGAAGCUUGUAAACUUCAUGGCUUCAGGAGACGAUGUUCCUCCUGAAGUUGGAGGAGGCGCAUGGCUCGGCGCCAAACAGCGCAAUCUGCUCGAAUUCUGGUAUUGCCUAGAGAAGCAUUUUCAGAAGUGGUACGACAUACUGCCACAGACGUUCUUCCCCCCAGCCCGCCUGGACCCACCAAAUGAAGAUUUUGCAACCGAUCAUCGAUUUCACGAAGUAUGGUUUAGCAUUCCGAUGUGUGCUGCCACUAUGCAGCAUUACCACUUUAGUCAAGUACUCCUUCUGAUCAACAAGCCUCACGAGUCUACCGCUGGACGCUCUACCGUAGCGGCUCGGACAAAGUCUUACGGAAACGUUCUUGAGUUCUGUCAGAGACAUUGUCAGGAAAUUGUCAGUAUUGCACUUUCGCAGAGCGAGGCAUCCAUUCGAAUUCAUGGUAUACAGCCGCUGUAUGUGGCCGGGCAAUGUUUCACUGACCGUCGAGACCGCGAGCUAGUCCUGUCACUACUGAGAGAGAUUGAAACGGACACUGGUUGGGCAACGCAGUAUCGUGUUGAUCAGUUGUUGGCGCAAUGGGAUGCCAGUGACAGUCCUGAUCCCGGUUUGGGGUAGAAUACAAGCUCGCGCUAGAUGUCUCUGCUUCCCACGUAGUAUUUCCUGAAGCUUUCAUUCUGCACCUUGCAACGGCAGAGAGCAAAAUUCACACUUUCGUGGUAUAUGAACCAUUGUGAUGACACUA